AUGGACUUGCAUAGUAACGGUGGAUUAACUUAUAAUGACUUCCUUAUCUUACCUGGUUACGUUGGAUUUCCCUCAUCAGAAGUAACUUUCGAAACAAAAGUUACAAGAAAUAUCACUUUAAAGACUCCUUUUAUGAGUUCACCUAUGGACACCGUUACUGAAGCUGAUAUGGCAAUAAAUAUGGCCUUAUUGGGUGGAGUCGGUGUAAUUCAUAAUAACUGUAGUCCAGACGAACAAGCUGAAAUGGUUCUAAAAGUGAAAAAAUUUGAAAAUGGAUUUAUCACUGAUCCAGUAUGUUUAACUCCUAAUCAUACCGUAGCUGAUGUGAUCAGAAUUAAAGCUCAAUCCGGUUAUAGCGCAAACGGAAAAUUAUAUAGUAUACUUCUUGGUAUCGUUACCGCUCGUGAUAUUCAAUUUCAUAAAGAUCAUACAACUCCUCUCAAAGAAGUCAUGACAACUGAUUUAGUGAUCGCUCAAGAAGGCGUGACAUUGGAAGAUGCAAAUUCAAUUCUUCGAAAAAGUAAACGCGGAAAAUUACCUAUUAUUAAUGCUCGUGGUGAAUUAGUUUCUUUACUUUCCAGAUCGGAUUUACUAAAGAAUCUUAAUUUUCCACUGGCUUCGAAAUCCCCUCAUUCAAAGCAAUUGAUUUGUGCUGCAGCUAUUGGAUCUCGUCCGGAAGAUAAAGCUAGACUUCAAAAAUUGGUUGAAGCAGGAUUAGAUAUAGUAGUAUUAGAUUCUAAACAAGCUGCUUCUUUAAUUGAAGCAGGUGCUGAUGCUUUACGUGUUGGCAUGGGAAGCGGAAGUAUAUGUAUUACUCAAGAAAUUAUGGCUGUAGGUCGCCCUCAAGGAACUGCAGUGUACAAAGUUUCUCAAUUCGCUAGUAAAUUUGGAAUUCCCGUAAUUGCUGAUGGUGGAAUUCAAAAUAUUGGUCAUAUUAUAAAAGCUUUGGCUCUAGGUGCUUCAGCUGUCAUGAUGGGUGGAUUAUUUGCUGGGACCACGGAAUCUCCUGGUGAAUAUUUUUAUCGUGAAGGUCAAAGAUUAAAAAAAUAUCGAGGCAUGGGUUCUAUAGAUGCUAUGGAACGUGUAGGAAGUAAACGUACUCAACCUGAUAAUAAUGCGGCAGCAAGAUAUUUUUCUGAAAGAGAUGUUGUCAAGGUUGCUCAAGGAGUUGCUGGAGCAGUCAUUGAUAAAGGCAGUAUUAGAAAGUUCGUACCUUAUUUAUUAACCGGUUUACAACAUGGUUUACAGGAUAUUGGAGUUAAAAAUUUGGAUCAAUUGAGAGAAGAAGUUGAUUCUGGUAAAGUUAGAUUUGAACUAAGAACCGCGGCCGCUCAAAUUGAAGGAAAUGUACAUGGAUUAUAUUCGUAA